AUGAAAAAUCGACUGUUUUCUUUUCUCAGAAAAAAACCUAGAAAAGAAGAAGAGUCACUAAGACAAGAGCUAGGUAAGCAAGAAGGAGAGGCUAGAAAAGGCGGGGCAAGGGGCUCUCCAUCUCUAGGAAGAUUGUGUCUAGGAUCUGGUAAUCUAAGUUCUGGUCGGCUUGUAUUAGCCUGUGCUUUAUUACAGUUCCAGGCUUUCCUCUCCCUAAUGAAGAAAGAAAGAAAGAAAGAAAGAAAGAAAGAGGAUGCGCGCCUUAACUUAAAAGAGCUAACGCGCUUGGCUUGA